AUGACGCCUCCUUGGUCCCUUGUUUGUCUCGCGGUGACAAUUACUGCCGUCUCUUCACAGUAUAUACUCGCUACUGGAGACAACGAGAAACGAAACGACUUCUCACGGGACAUUAUGCAUUUCGGCAAACGAUCGGUACUCGGCUUAUCGGCGCUUGGAAAUUCUAAUCCCGAUUUCGAUCGAGAUAUGAUGUCAUUCGGUAAACGAACAGGACUGGAGAGGGAAUUUAUGAGUUUCGGAAAAAGAUCACCGACAUUUCUCAUUUCUUGGAAUGCUCUCAAAUCGUUCUUCAAUCGAAACGAAAAUUUACAGUACGAACGUGAAUUUCUGCCAUUUGGGAAACGAGACCUGAGUGACUUCAAUCGAGAAAUGAUGUCAUUCGGUAAAAGGGAAGACUUCGACCGAAACAUCAUGCCAUUUGGGCGACGACGAAGAUGA